UCAUCAACUUCUUCUUCUACUUCUUCUUAGUUGGGUCCAAGAUGGGGACUCGACUGCUCUUUGGCUUGUUGGCAGUGAUAUUGGUGACGAGCUUCAUUUGCUCGAAUGCAGAAUCGAAGGUCGAGAGGUCUGCUUUUGCUUCCGGUAAAAGCGAAUGUAUUGACUGUGCAGAGAAGAAUGAACUUGCAUACCAAGGGCUUCAAGUGGCCAUCAAGUGCAAGACCAACAACGGGGACUACGAGCUCAAAACCUCCGGCAAACUCGACAAGAACGGCGACUACAGAGUCCAACUCCCCACGGAACUCAUCGGAGAAAACGGAGAUUUAAAGCAAGAGUGCUUUGCACAGCUCCACAGUGUCUCAAAUGCUCCUUGCCCUGAUAAAAAUGGACUCAAUCCUCACAAACUCAUCUUAAAAUCAAGGGAGGAUGGUGUUCAUACUUUCUCAACUGAUGCCAAGCUUCCAUUCUUAUCAACAACAUGCCAAUCUGCCUUCUUUUGGACACACCACAAGUUCACUCCGCUUCCAAAGCCGGAUCCUUUUCAUAAACCAUUGCCUAAGUUCCCUUCACCUCCAUCUAAACUUCCUCCUAAGCCUCAUUAUUACCCUCCAAUCUACAAGAAACCACUUCCACCCUCAAUUCCUAUUUACAAGAAACCACUUCCACCCUCAAUUCCUAUUUACAAGCCUCCAGUUCCUAUUUACAAGCCCCCAGUUCCUGUCAAGAAGCCAGUGCCUCACUUCCCUCCUAUUUACAAAAAGCCAUUGCCUCACUUCCCUCCUAUUUACAAAAAGCCAGUGCCUCACUUCCCUCCUAUUUACAAAAAGCCAUUGCCUCACUUCCCCCAAGUUUACGGAAAGCCGUUGCCUCACUUCCCUCCUAUUUACAAAAAACCAUUGCCUCACUUCCCCCCAAUUUACAAAAAGCCAUUGCCUCACUUUCCUCCUAUUUACAAAAAACCAUUGCCUCACUUCCCUCCGAUUUACAAAAAGCCACUCCCUCAAUUCCCUCCAAUUUACCAUAAGCCCUUGCCUCCUCUUCACAAGUUCCCACCGACCUAUAAGAAGCCUCCUCAUGCUUAAUUCCUAUACCUACUUCUUUCAACCAUAAGUUCUCUCUCGCUUCAUUUCACCCGUUUUCAUUUCUUGCCCGUUAUCUAUGCCGGAGUAUUAUUGAAUAGUGUGCAGAUGCAAUCUAAACUUAUUUCAAUUGCAUCAUAAUGUGUGACAGGAUUUGUUCUUCAAAGAUUACGUACAGUGCUGUAAUAAAAGAUUGUUCUCAAGAUAUCUAUCUGCUUGACAGUUUUUAGAACUGGAGGAGUGAGUUUGUUGUGGCUGUAUCUGUUAUAUGUAUAUUUGCAUUCACUCAAUAAUGAGUUAUCUAUUACCAGAAUUUGAGCAA